AUGAGCCGCCAGAUCCUUUCCCGCCCGACGAACCUCCAGCCUCCGCCUUUCGGGGUGACGACGCUCUCGAUUUCAGAUUCCCCUUACCUUCACUACCUGAAACCUCUUCGGGGAAUUCCACAAAAUGUCAUGGGAUUUGUUCACCAACGGCACCAAGCCCCGCCAGCAUCAGCAAGCUGGAAGCGCUAG